GAUGCUGCUUAUGACAAACCCGAGCAAGGUGCAAACCAACACAGCUACUACUCCGAUGUCAAUCCCCAGCAUGCCGGGACGGUGGAUAACCACAAGCCCCGCUCCUCGAACCCCAAGGUGCAGUACAGCGCCCAGCCCCAGAUGUACGACGGCGCCUCUCGGAAGCUUUUGGCUGGGAACCGGGAGGCCGGCUUCAAACCGGGUGACCGGCCUUCGACAAAUUCUGCAGCCGUCCAGCCAGAGAUUCAGAGGAUCCUCCACGUUAUGGGGGAGGCAGAGGAGCUGGAGCGAGAGGUGGAUGAGUUUGUAGGAAAAAAGACAGAUAAAUCCUACCGGCUUCUGGAGGAGAUGUUGACCAAGCUGCUGUUGGAACUGGAUUCCAUCGAGACUGGUGGCCAGGACAGUGUUCGGCAGGCCAGGAAAGAGUCCGUCCACAGAAUUCAGGCCAUACUGGAAGAACUGGAAAGAAAAGGAUUGUGA